AUUAUCUGCACUGGUUGAUCUUAUCAGGAGAUGACAAGGAACAGGGGUUGGGGAGACCUAAUUAUUUGUGCCACUGUGGAUAACAGCAAAUUGACCUUGGAUAUUGAUAAUAACCGGAUUACAGCAGAUGAUUUCAAAUUGAAAUAUGAGACUGAGCUUGCCCUGUGCCAAAAUGUGGAAGCUGAUAUUAAUGGUUUACGGCAAGUCCUGGAUCAACUGACUCUUUGUAGGUCUGACCUGGAGACAGAACUUGAGUCUCUCCAGGAAGAGGUGUGCAGCCUCAGGAAGAACCAUGAGGAGGAAGUAAAGAGUCUGAAGAAGAACAAACCCAAUGGAGAUGUUAGUGUGGAAGUCAGUUCUGCCCCAGGACCAGACCUGAAGAAGGUCUUGGAAGAUCUGAGAAGAGAGUAUGAAGCCAUUAUUGAGAGCAACCGCAGCGAGGUUGUGCAGUGGUAUGAAUGUAAGAAGGAGGAAAUGCAUCGGGAGGCCUGUAACAGCAGCAAAGAGGAGGAAGAUUGUAAGAACAAACUAGCUGACCUGAAAAGCAAGAUGCAAACACUGGGAAUUGAACUGCAGGCUCAGAUUGACUUGAGGGACACCUUGCAGAACUCCUUGGCUGAGACCGAAUGUCGCUAUAGCAAAAACUUGGCUGAAAUACAGGAGAAAAUCUCCUGUGUGGAAAAGCAGCUGGGAGAGCUGAGGACAGAGAUAGAGAGCCAAAACCAAGAAUACAAACAUCUCCUGGAUGUCAAGUCUCACUUGGAACAGGAGAUCCAUACCUACCGCUGUCUGCUCGAGGGAGUACACCAUGAUAUUGCUGGUGAGAACAGUGCUACUUCAGGAGGAGGUGUGGCCAGAGUCUCUCACAUGCCCACUUCGUCUUCCGGGUCCCAUGGUUGCCUUAAAAGGGUGACACUGAUAGACUGUGAAGGAAAAUAGCAUCAUCUGCAGAUAUAUUUGCACAACGCUGUCCUCUAAAGUUUUGGGGUUCUUUACAGUAAGCAAAAAGAAUCUUCCUUCAAACUAUCAAAUAUAUGGACACCAAUAUAUAUAACUGAGGUUCUUCCAGCCUCACCUCCAUAUUUACUUCGAUAAAUGUAGGGUGUUGCCACU